UGGAACCUUGUUGUUGUUGUGUUUUUCCUUUUUUCUCAGCAUCGUUGAAGACACCACACCAUACCAAAAUAUGGGUUUCAUAAGCGUAAGAAAGGAGAUUUUAAGAGUUUAAUAUGGCUAAUAAUAUGCUGAAUUGUCGAUUCCUACGAGUUUUGGGUGUUCCAUUUGUCCGUCAUAAGAUCAACAGCAAACUAUGUUUUCUUCCGGAAUUACGAGAAUAUUUUCUUCAAGGAAAUCAAGCUGGAACAAUCAAACUCACACCCACCAGGAAUAAACAUGGAAGUGGUAGGGGAAGCAAGAGAGGUCAGCUGAGCAGGAUCAGAGAUGACCUUUCUCCAGGACAGAGACCUUCAACCACAACAUCAGCGGCAACAAGUGGUCCUGCAGCAAGUAAUCAGCAAGAACAGACUAGUCAUCAUGUGGAACAUGACUUUGAUAGUCAGUAUUUCAGUGGUAUCCUGGAUCGUCGACUUUCAGAGGAUGAUUUACAAAGGGUACAAAGCAGUGAUUCUGUCUCUAAGGUAACAGCUGGAGAGGACCUCAAUGAAUUUGACUCCCAGUAUUUUCAAGAAUUCGGACAGAAGGAUGUCGGUCCCCCGAGAAACUUUAAAGCUAGAACCUUAAAGAAGUCAGCUGCAACCAAGCCUGGAAGUAGUAUCACAGGAAAUUUUAUGUUUGAAGAAAUUGACUUGAAAUAUUUUGAUGAUAUCAAUUCUAGUUUUGUUUAUAGGAAUACCGAUGGAAUUACAUCCAGUGACCCAACUGAAUUGGACAUCAAUGAAUUCGAUAAACAGUAUUUUGGUAAAGAAAAUCUCAAUCCAGAAGGUAAUGUAUCAACUAAGUCCUCGUCUGAAACCACAGUGCCUGCAAAACGGUAUAUGGAUACUUCUCUGUCGGAAGAAGAAAUGUACAGACAACAUUUAUCAAAUCGCAAACAAAUCCAGAAGUGGGAAGGAGAAGGAAAGGUGAAAAACUUGAAGGGGAAAUCAUUUGAAGCACAUGAUAGGCCUGCACAGUAUCAAGAAGUUUCCAAGAAUGAUUUUGCAGAUCAUAGAGAGGUGCACCUCAUCACCGACUCAACAGUAGAUGAAUCCCUCCUGGACAGCAUCCCUCCUGAUUUGAGGGGGAAGCUUGUCGCCAACAGGCUGUGGAAGGAGAAGAAGGAUGAGCUGAGGGUGGCCGACCAUAACCUAGAGGAUCUAGAGGAGAGUGUUGUGUCCGCUCUGAAAGCUGUCAAGAAAAAACGCAACAAGAGCCAGAAACCCAGAAGAUCUAAGGAUAUGAAGAUAUUCGGAAGCGAAGACAGUAGUAUCCCAGUGAGUGAGGUACCUUGCUCAGGAUGUGGUGCUCACUUGCAAUGUCAAGACAACACUCAGCCGGGAUUUGUACCAAGUGAGAAGUUCACAGAACUUGACCUCUCAAAGCCAUUCAGUAACUCCGUCUGCCAGAGAUGUUUUUAUAUUAUUCACCGUCACACAGCAUUGAAUGUGAGCGUCCCCCAAGACAGCUAUUCCAAUAUCAUCAAGGCUAUUCGCAAGAACCAGAGUUCGCUUGUUAUCCUCAUGGUUGACCUACUUGACUUUCCCUGUAGUAUCAUCAAGAAUCUCAAAGACCUCAUUGGGUCUAGUCGAUCCAUUGUGAUUGUAGGGAACAAGCUGGAUGUCUUGCCUAAGGAUGAACCCAAGCAAGAGAGGAGGUUGAAAGACCACCUGGUAUCUGCCUGCGUGGAGACGGGAGCUUGCGAUGCAGACAAGGUGAUGCAUGUGGAACUGAUCAGUGCAAAGUCUGGCUAUGGAGUGGAGAAUCUCAUCACUAAAAUUCUGUCCUUGAAAACCAAGAAAGGAGAUGUAUAUCUUCUUGGCACAGCAAACGUGGGCAAGUCGACACUCUUCAACCGGUUUCUGGAGUCAGACCUAUGCAAAGCCAAGGCUUCAUCGUUGAUGGGUCGUGCUACAAUCUCCCAGUGGCCUGGGACCACACUCAACCUCCUUCGCUUCCCUCUCCUUAACCCCACCAGGGAGAGAAUGGCUCAGAGGACAGUACGGCUUAAAAAGAAGGCUGAGGAGGUGAAGAUAAAGAAGAAAGAGGAAGAGACGAACAGAGUCGGGCGCAAGCUUGAAGUAGAAGAGAGCCCUUCUCUCGUGUCUUAUGUUGAAGAUGAUGUUGGGCAGACAUUCAAGCCCAAGUCAAAGGAGAAGGAGGAAGAGGAAGAAGCCUGGCUCACAGAGGAGGGAGGAGACCCGUUUGGCCUGACCUUAGGUGUUCCACUUAGUGGAAGAGAUGUAGCAAGGAAGAAACAGGACAAGACGGUGCCAUUCAAUCCUAUGGAGUUCCAGGAGAGCGAAUGGUUCUAUGAUACUCCUGGUGUCAUCUACCAAGAACAGGUAUUGACAAAGCUGAGCAGUGAGGAGCUAAAGUUGGUGGUCCCGAAGAGAUGUGUUCUGCCCCGAUCUCUAGUCCUCAAGCCUGGUCAGACCUUCUUCCUAGGGGGUCUGGGAAGGUUAGACUAUCUACAGGGGAAAGAUUCAGUCUAUUUCACGGUCUUCUCCAGCAACGCUCUACCAAUCAAGGUUGUAGACACACAGGAUGCUGAUGCAGUUUAUGCAGAGAAAGCUGGCUUCAAAACAUUUGUGGUUCCGAAAGGAGGUCAUGAGCGUAUGCAGAGCUUCCCAUCAUUGGUUCCUACUGAGUUCUCACUCCAGGGGAUUGGACGACAUGAGAGUGUAGCUGACAUUCUCUUCUCAUCGGCAGGAUGGACAGCAGUCACUGCCAACGAGGGAAUGGAUGUCCGUCUCCGUGCCUUCACACCAGGAGGCUUAGGAUGCGUCCUCAGGACACCUGCUCUCCUACCCUAUGGCUUUGCCUUGAGAGGGACAAGAAGAUCGAAGGCAUCACCGUUCUACAAUGUCAACAAGCAGAAGCUGUUCAUGUACAUGAGAUGAUCCCCAGGACACCUGCUCUCCUACCCUAUGGCUUUGCCUUGAGAGGGACAAGAAGGUCCAGGGCAUCACCCUUCUACAAUGUCAACAAGCAGAAGCUGGUCAUGUACAUGAGACGAUGAUAAGUCAGGAAGAAUGAACUAUGAACGGAUGAUUGCAUUUUCUGUCCUUCCCUAUGGCUUUGUGUUCAAGAUUCAAGUUUCAUUGUCCAUAUAUGACAAUAUCGAAAUUUGUUUCCCAUUGGUGUUACGUGAGAGAUCAGGAUUAUUUGGCCUCCAAGUAGAAGGAAUUUUGAACAGGUUCUUCAGGUUUCCUAUCCUUGUUUUCAAUGGCUAAGCCUUGAGGGGUACCUUGAGACCAAAGACGUCACCCUUCAGUCUACAACGUUAGCAAGGAGAAGCUUUGUGUGUACUUGAGGUGAUUACAAACACACCAUUGGGAAGAAAAGAUUUUUGAUACAACAUUAAAUUUUCUGUCCUUCAUCAAUUGCUUCAUCAUUAGAGUUAAUGAUAAUUUGACUUUCAAGGAGAAAGAAUUCGGUCAUGAAUAGAUCUUCAUGUUUCCCAUCUACUAUGUUGGUUGGCUUUCAAAGGUACCCAACGAUCAUCUAAGACAUCACUCUUCUAUAACAUCUAAAAACAGAAGCUUUUAUUAUGUACAUUAGGUUGUUGAUGGUUGAAAAUUGUUUUACCGAUGGCUAAGAAAGCAUGUAUAUGCUUGUAAGUAAGCAACCAGGGGACAGAGGGCUUUAUGUCCUCUCUGAGGGACUUUGUAAUGAGGAUUAAUGCCUUACCAAAGGGCACAAGAGUAUUGACUUUGUUUCAAACCUGGGACCUCUUCCCAAGGCUUCUUAUCCUUGCAUUGAGAGAAACGUGACUUUUUCAAAACCCUCCCGUGAUGUGAAAGAGCAGAAGCUGCUCAUGUACAUGGGCUGAUGUAACUGGCCUUUAAGAAAGGGAAGAACUUUUUAAAAAAUUCAAGAUCCCGAUUUUGAGAUAUUUAUUUUUUCCACAUUACAGUUAUAUUACAAAAUAGUUUACAUUAUAAAAUCCAAAAGAAUAUAUACAUAAAAAGAAAAACAAGCAAGUGACAAAGGGAGAAAUAAUGAGUAAAGAUGAUAAACCAGUAUGAGCAAAUUUGCUUUCAACCUGACAGUUUUAAGGUUCAUCCUUAUUUUUUACAAUUGAUUAUUGACUUCUCAUAUAAAUGAGGGAAUGAUACCUCAUAGAAAAUAGUGAUUUUUAUGAGGUCUGAGAAUAAUGAUAUUGAUAAUGAUAAUAAUAUGCCUUUCUUAUAGCGCAAAUCGCAUUAUGAUCUAAUUUUCCUUUGCACUUUCUAAGGACUUCGGAUAUUAUUAUCCUGGAUUUAGCUCCAGUAGCUGCCUAUAGCACUCAGUGCAUUCAAGGAAUUAAUCCUACCAGGUACCCACUAGCUACACCUGGGUGUUGUUGGGCAAAUGUAGAUUGAUGUCUUGCCAAAGAAUGUUUGUGCUGGGGCAGGGAUUCAAAUCUUUGUGGUUCACAGUCCAGUGGCUAAUCCACCUGACCAGUGACCAUAACACCUCUAUUCUAAUAAAGGAUAUUUAGACCAAUACAAUAGAUAAACAAAAGUCUAGAAGUUCAAAAAGCCUUAAAGGGAUCAUUUAACAAUGUUAAAUAUGAGAUGCACGGCCCUACGUGUUAUCAGUGUCUGUGAUAUGGUGUUAUAUUGAAGCCCUAAAUAAAUUGCGCUUCAAA